GUUCAAAUGUUCUACUCAGUAGAACUAUUGACUGGUCGUAAUGCGAAAUUUGGUUUAAUGUGGAGAGCUGCCACUUAUGGCUCUGCUAAGAGAUUGCAUCGCAGAGCUAUUGUGCAAAUUUCGGUAUCUGAUACCUGGUGA